AUGAAGCAGGUACUCUCGGUCAACAUAUACGACUUGACCAAGUCCGCCAACAGGUACCUAAAGACUACAAUCGCACAACCUGUCGAGAUAGGUACAUUUAGUUAUGAUGCAGAUAACAAUGUGUUCCCACCAGUGAUCAACAAAUAUAAACAACCAGAGUUACCAUGUGAUCUGACUGUUGGAUACAACAUUGACAAUGUACCUGUCAAUGGACCAUCACCUCUUGCUCCAAUUCUAUCAACUCUCUCCGAUAAGAAAUAUGAUGUAACUAAGGUAGACUUUAUAACAUAUAGGAAUAACCUAAACAAGAUAUUCGGUACUUGCAUCAAUAGGAAUCCUUGGACAAUUGACAUUGAGAGAUUGGAUAACACUGUACAUCUUGGUAUCAACUUCAAACAGGAGAAGUUCGAUGAUGACCACCAUGCCAAGUCAGUCUAUGGAGGCUUCAAGUUUGAGCAGUACUGCAUGUCAGACGACACUGACCUGAAGUAUUGCUCAAUCGUACAGACUGAACUGAAAGGACAUAAGAUUGUUCUGGCGGCUGAGAUUGAUUGUUGCAUUGCUUCGACACAGCAACAACCACAAUCACAAACACAACAACAACAUCAUUCAGUGAAGAGGAAGUUGGAGUCUGACGAGGAUACAACAACGGAAGCAGCAGCAGCAGCAGCAGCAGAGAAGACUGAAUAUGUGGAGCUAAAGACAGCCAAUGAGAUCAAGGAUGACAAGGCCAAACAUACAUUCGAGAGAUUCAAGUUGUUUACAUGUUGGUUGCAAUCUUAUCUGGCAGGUGUUGGACGCAUUGUCUUUGGAUUCAAAGAUAGCAAUAUGGUAGUGAACAAACUUACAGAGAUACGUACACUUGACAUACCAUCAAUGGUUGGUGGCAAAUGGAGUCAGAACGAGUGUCUACUCAAAGGUCACGAGAUCUUGUCAUUCAUCAAGCGGUCAACUCACUCUGAUAAGCAGUAUCAAUUACAAUUCAAUCAUCCAAACCUCAUCCUCUUUGAAGUGGAGGAGUCAUCGUCAACACCAUCAACAACAGAGAAGGAUGGCACUGGAUCAUCAUCAUCAUCAACAACAACAAGUAUUCUACCCAAUGAUUACAAGGAAUACUUCCAAUCACUCAAGAACAAGCACACUGGAGACAGUGAUGUUAAGCGAGUAAAGGUUGAAUGA